AUGGCCUUCCCCUACCUCAGUCCUGAUACUGCCAGACUGUUGCUGAUACUCUUUAGACUGAAGGAGCUGGAGUCUGCUUUCUCAUCUCUCGCCUGGGGCUCAGGCAGUGUCUGUGACACGUUGGGAUCCCCACCAGAACUUCCCCAUCCAGGGUCGGAAUGCCGAGGCGAGGCCCAGGCCCCCGUGCUGAAUGUGGAGACAGCCGCUCCUGCCCUCCAUCCCCAGCUGGUGGCCGGCAUCAAGUACUACCUGACCGUUGAGAUGGGGAGCACAGCCUGUCGCAAGAACGUGGCCACUGGAGACCGCGUAGAUAUCACUACCUGCCCCCUUGCCACCGGAGUGCAGGAGGAGAAGCUGCGCUGUGACUUCGAGAUCCUAGUGGUCCCCUGGGAGAAUUCCUCCCAGCUUCUGAAGCAUAACUGCGUGACCAUACCGUAGACCCCUAUGGGCAUGGGAGCUGGAGGGAGCAGGCGCUUCGUGGGAAGGCACUUCAGGUCCAUGGGCGUAUCUGUCACAAUAAACUGCUGGCACUGCUUCUCGCA